CUGUCAUUUCAUUCAUCAAUCAAUAAACUUUCCGCACGUAUAAAACAGGGCAUGCUGCAAAUGCACUGACAUAAGCGUUCGACAGAUCCUCUGGUACCUUCAAAUCAUUGACUGAUGAUGCUGAAGUUACCUAUCAUUUGUUUGAUAUGUACACUAAAUCUUGUGGUCGGAUGGAGAUGGGUUAACAAGUAUGAUGGACCAGUCGAUUUUUCGUGUCCACAUGGACAAGCCAUUUCUUUCAUCUACAGUGUACAUCACAACCAUUAUGAAGAUCGUAGAUGGGCUUUUGAAUGUAGAGGAACUGGUGGACAAUACAGAAAUUGCUACUGGACUCCUCAUUAUGUGAAUGACUGGGAUGACUUCUUCAACUUUGAAUGCCACAAUUAUGGAUUCAUAACUGGUAUGAAGAGCAUCCAUCACAAUCACUAUGAGGACAGAAGGUUUAGGUUUAAAUGUUGCUCAAUUUCCGAAAAGGAUCUUAGUAAGUGUUAUAAAACCUUCAGGAAUGAUUACGACCAACCCAAUAAAGUAGAUGUACCAGCUGGUUCCGUUGUAAGAGGUGUUGCCAGUACACACAACAACCACUACGAAGAUCGACAAUUCAAUUGGAAAAUGCGCAUAAAUUGUCAACAGUGCCUAUUGGAAAUCCAGUAA